AUGAGUGCUCCUAGAGCUCGAGCAUCGACGCUCGCCAUCACCUCGCUGUCGCCGUCAUACCGAGCCUCAUGUUCCAGAUAUGCACACCUCCCGCCGCCGCGCCCACGAUCAAUACCCUCAUGUCUGCCCUCGCAACGGCGGCACCAGUCGUCCGUCGCCGCCGCCAUCCAGACGGCCAAACACAUGUUCGCCAAUGCCGCUCCCUCACCCAUCGGCAUUGAUCCUCUACAAAGUGUCGCCAAAGAACUCAAAUUCUUGACUGGAAACAUUCAACAGCUGCUCGGCUCUGGCCACCCCAUGCUGGACACUGUCGCAAAGUACUACACCCAAUCAGAGGGCAAAUAUGUCCGCCCCAUGCUGGUCUUGCUCAUGUCGCAAGCCACGGCCUUGACCCUCAAGCACGACCGAUCAACUCCCCAAGCUCUUGAUGUCGACUCAUCCAUGUCGCCCUCUACAGUCCUCGCAGACUCCAACCCCUCUCCUCUGACCUCUCCUCCCGUCGUCGAGGACACCGCCGACACCUCUGUCCUCCCCUCGCAACGUCGCCUCGCCGAAAUCACCGAACUCAUCCAUACUGCCUCCCUCCUCCACGACGAUGUCAUUGACAACUCAAUCUCUCGCCGCUCCGCUCCCUCGGCUAACAUCCAGUUCGGCAACAAGAUGGCUGUCCUUGCCGGCGAUUUCAUGCUCGGUCGCGCCUCUGUUGCCCUUGCCCGCCUGAGGGACCCUGAGGUCACCGAGUUGCUGGCUACUGUCAUCGCCAACUUGAUCGAAGGCGAAUUCAUGCAGCUCAAGAACACUGCCUCGGACGAAAAGCACCCCACCUACAGUCAAGAGACAAUGGAAUACUACCUGCAAAAGACAUACUUGAAGUCCGCUUCGCUCAUCAGCAAAUCCACAAGAGCUGCCGCUAUCCUUGGAAACUGCUCCCCGGAUGUAGUAGAGGCUGCAUACAGCUACGGAAAGAACCUGGGUCUUGCCUUCCAGCUGGUUGACGAUAUGCUGGACUACACCGUCAGUGGAGCCGAGCUCGGCAAGCCUGCUGGUGCUGAUCUGGAGCUGGGUCUGGCUACCGCUCCUCUGCUUUUCGCCUGGAAAGACAACAAGGAGCUUGGUACUCUUGUUGGCAGGCGAUUCGCCGAGCAAGGUGACGCACACGACCUUGUUAUCCAGAGCAAUGGUAUCGAACAGACUCGCGCCAUGGCAGAAGAUUACAUCAACAAGGCUCGCGAAGCUAUCGCUUUCUUCCCAGAGAGUCAGGCCAAGGCCGGCCUCUUGGAUAUGUGUACAAAAGUUCUGCAGAGGAGGAAGUAA